AGCCACCAUUGAAUCUACCUGCGACAGGACCGCUUGAGAGGGAGAGAGAGAGAGAGAGAGAGAGAGAGAGAGAGAGAGAGAGAGAGAGAGAGAGAGAGAGAGAGAGAGAGAGAGAGAGAGAGCGAGAGCGAGAGAGAGAGAGAGAGAGAGAGAGAGAGAGAGAGAGAGAGAGAGAGAGAGAGAGAGAGAGAGAGAGAGAGAGCGAGAGAGAGAUAGAUAGAUAUAGAGAGAUAGAUAGAUAGAUAGAGAGAGAGAGAGAGAUAGAGAGA